AAAAAACACUAAAAAGUAAUGUUUCUUUGAUUAAUUAAAAAAAAAGAACAGAAAAUGAAAGACGAUACGGGGCUCAGUACUAAAAUCAAUCUUUAACAAUAAAAAUGAAAUAUAUUUUAAAAAAUAAUAAUAAAAAUGAAAUAUUUUCACAAUUUAAGACAGAAACACAACAAAUCGCGGGGAAAAUAAAAUAAAACAUAAUAUAAUAACGACGUCGUUCUGCUCACUUAAGAAAGGAAAAACCGCGCAAAUAAAUACGUCGUGUUGGAGCCCUCGUAGAAAGUAAAACCCAACACAGAAGAAAACCACAGCUUUCCGUCGUCGAGUCUCUCAGAACUCCGGCGCCGGAAUCAAGUGCCUCUCAUUCUCAGAACGAGACAACCGCCGAUCGAGAUGGGGAAAGCGGAUAAAGAGCGGCUCGUUCGAACUCUCAAUUCGCAUCUUAACACCAUCCAUGAAACUUUUCAGAUGUUGGAUCAAAACCCAUCGUCUUCCCUUGAAAAGGUUAGCUGGGAGGACGUUCUUAAAAUGGGCGACCAAGUCUACAAGCAAGCCACCGUUGCUGGAAUGGUGUGGACUGGAGAAGGACUAGAAGUUAAAGCAAUUGAGGAAAAUAUGGCAUCGUAUUUCAAUAUGCUGCAGGGUUUCCUCCUGAUUUCCCAUGGGAGUAAAGUGGGAGCUGGCCCUACUCUGUCCUCUGUUAUCCAUGCAUCUGUGAAGCAAGUAAUUGAUUCCAGUUUUAGGCUAUGGAAGGAAUCUGUCUCUUUAUAUGGACCACAGAAUAAUAACCAAAACCAAGUAAUUCCACAGUUGGUCGGUGCGGUUUGGGAAGCUUGCUCUGCUCUUAAAAAGGCUCCUUCAACAAACAUAACUGCAGUUGGUCGAGCAAUAACCCAAGUAGCAGUAUCAGUGAAGGAUGUCCUCCGAGAGAUGAAGGAGCUCAAACAAGGUUCAUCUGACUUGGACGAAGCUCCUGAAGAAUCUUCUAGCAAAGCAGAAGGCGAUUCUCAAGAUGAUGGUAAUGCAAGCGAUGAUGCCGAUAUAGGCAACGAUUUGUCACCCGAAGAGAUGAGAGUUGCCCAAUCUGCUAUUAACGUUGUAUCUUCCAUACUUGUAGUUGUAAAGGAACUCAUCCGCUCAAUCACAAGUUUGCUCAAGCUGGAAAAUAUAAACAAGGAUAGUAACUUAGAGUCUUUGGAGAAUCUAUUGAAGCUAUGCCAAGGAAUUGGAGUGCAGGUUGAUGAGCUUGGUGCUUGUCUUUACCCCCCACAAGAGGUCCCGGCCAUUAAAGCAGCUUCUGAGAAAAUUUCUAGCCUUCUUGACAAUAUGCAGGCGGAGUUGGCAAGUCUGAACGGUAAUUCGGAAGGCUUUCUAAAAGCAUGCAAUGGCUUGCAAAGUUCACUGAAACAGCUCGAGAUCGAACUAGGCGGUUCUGCAACUACUGGUAUAGAAACUAGAAUGCAGAAUGUAACUUUGAGCAACUAAAGGGAUUCUAGAUGUAUAUGGGUAGCCAUAUUUACGUCCAGUUUUGUUGCUAUAUAGGAUCUAGUCCUCAUGAAAAUUGAUGCCUCAAAAAUGCCGAAAGCCGUUCAAUGUUUGCUUGGAAUAAUUAGCUGACACUACAACAUAUUUGAUUUUUAAUGAUGGUAAAAAAAAAUUCACAGAUAGAAACAAUGAUGGACCAUAUUCGAUAAAGUCAAAUUUCAUUCA